AUGUGUUCCAGAACUGUUAUAGUUUUGUUUUUAUUAUCUGUGGCAUUUGUUUUCACAAUAGCUGAACAAAAUGAUAUAGAAGCCAGAGGGAAGAAAAAGAAAAUAGCAUUAUUUGUAUACUUCGCAGACUUGGUCAUAAAGAAGAUUUUCAUAUUGAAACUGAUAUACGCGUUCGUGUUUUGGGUGGUGUUGCACAAGGCUGGCUACUUCCUCGGAUGGUUCGCGAGCUACCUCAAGGAGAAGAAGGAGGACGACCACCAUCAUUACGGCCAUCAUCAUCACUACGAACCGCCUUAUGUCCCUUACAGAAGGAAAGCUGAACCCUAUGUAUAUAGUACGAUAAAUAAUAGUGAAAUUUAAAUAGUACAGUUUUCUACUACAAUUAAUACUUUUUUUU